GUGUCUUGUCUUGUGCGUAUAGCUGGAACAUGAGGACAAGAAGCUGUUUUAUACAGAGCUACUGGGACAACAAACUAAGCUUUUGACGAAAAGACAUCGUGAGAUGGACAGUAGUAGGAGGGGACGACCAUGGGGGAAGCUUGUCAAAGUGGACUCCAGUGAAACUGUUCUGCUUUUUAACAGGGAAUGCACAGUUGGCAGAAAAAAAGGAUGUUACCUGUCAUUUCCGGCCAGCAAACUGGUCUCAGGGGAGCACUGCAAGAUUGUGCAAGAUGAAAGCUCAGGGCUGGUGUGGCUUGAAGACAUGAGCACUAAUGGCACGGUGAUCAACACGUCCAAACUGGUCAAAAAGCAAACUCACAUGCUGCAGAAUGGUGAUGUCAUCUACUUUGUAUAUAGGAAAAGUGAGCCUGAACAGAACAUCGCCUAUGUUUACCACUCAAUCAAAACAGAGCAGGCUGUUUCACAACAUAGUUAUGACAUGGACAAACCAGCCUGCAGUCCUGCUCCUGUUCCAGCUUCAGAGAUGUCACUCUCUGUAGAGCCUGUAAUGCUCACAAAGGCUCCAACUCAGGAGGAACCUCAGCCCUCCACCUCCGCUUCCCACUUCUGUAUUGAGAGCCCUCUCACUUCUGGUCCCAUGGCAACAACAGCCUCUCCUGCCUCUGGCCAAGCUAAAGAAGACAUGGAUAACAUGGAGCCAGAAAGCAAGCGGAGGAAAAAAGACAAUGAUAAAGAUUUUGAGUCAAGCUUGCCACACACAUCCAGUACAGAGGUCGUUGGUUCAGCUAAGGGAAGUCUUGGGAGUCUUUUGUCUAAACCUCCAGUGGAAGGGACUAAAACAGACAAAAUGGAGGAGACUCUGACAUGCGUCAUUUGCCAGGACCUACUGCAUGACUGUGUUGGCUUGCAGCCUUGCAUGCAUGUCUUCUGUGCUGCUUGCUACUCAGGCUGGAUGGAGCGUUCUUCGCUUUGCCCCACCUGUCGCUGCCCUGUGGAGAGGAUUCAUAAAAACCACAUCCUCAACAACCUGGUUGAGGCUUACCUCAUCCAGCACCCAGAAAAGUGUCGCAGCGAGGAAGAUCUGAAGAGCAUGGACAGCCGUAACAAGAUAACUCAGGACAUGUUGCAGCCAAAAGUUGAGCGCUCUUUCUCUGAUGAGGAGGGCAGUUCAGAUUACCUCUUUGAGUUCUCUGACAAUGACAGUGACUCCUCAGACUUCAGUCAGCCUCUAGUGAUGUGCCGACAGUGUCCUGGCUACAGGAGGGAGGUCAGUCAGGUGCUGUUUGCUACAGGUUCAAAUUACUGGUUCCCUGGUCUGCCAGCUCCACCGCCUGUACCUGCUCCACCCAAAGCAGCAACUGAGGAGGGGUCUGCCAAGCCCACAGGGGAGCAGCCUUCAACAUCCUCUGAUGUCCCCUCAGCUCCUCAGGAGUACCGCUGCCCCCCUCAGGGCUGCCAUCUCAUCUGCACCUGCUGUCUCCAGCCGAUGCCAGACAGACGGGCUGAGCAUAACAGCCAGCAGGUUAAUGCCCAACAAUGUGUACUGUGCCAGCGACCCUUCUGUCAUAUGUACUGGGGUUGCCAGAGGAUUGGCUGUCAAGGCUGUCUGGCUCAAUUCAGCGAGCUCAAUCUGACAGACAAAUGCUUGGAUGGAGUGCUAAACAACAAUAACUAUGAAUCAGAGAUCCUCCAGAACUACCUGUCCUCCAGAGGGAAGUCAUGGAGAGAUCUUCUCCAGGAGGCUCUGGAGGGUUUACAGCAUGGAAACUACUAUCUGACAGAUUGCCGCAUCUCUGCAAACACCAUCCUGUGCUUCUGCUGUGGCCUGCGAGGAUUCAAGGAGCUGGCCUACAAGUACAGACAGAACAUCCCUGUAACUGAGCUGCCAGCUGCUGUAACAUCUCGUCCCGACUGUUACUGGGGACGCAACUGUCGUACGCAGGUGAAGGCACAUCAUGCAAUGAAAUUCAACCACAUAUGUGAACAGACACGGUUCAAGAACUGAAGGAGCAGAACGGUGUGUGUGUCUUCACUGUCAAAUGGAGAUAACUGAGCAUCUCAUGCAUUGGAGCGACAUGGUCUUGUUAAGUUUUGUUGUGUCCAUUGUAGCUAACUGCCUUCAAUAUUAUGCAAUAACUUAAUGCAGAAAUUACAAUCAUUAUCCAUUUACAAUAGUGGCCAGUGUCUGUCUUGACACGGUGAAAUGAUUCUAUGCACAUUCAAAUUAAAGUUCAGAGUUUAGUAAAGUUUGAAGUUGUUAUGAGUUACAACCGGGGUGGGCUUUUAACACCAGCCACCAUUUUUAGCGUUGUCUGUGGCUCAUGCGAUUGUCUAAUUUACCUGAUAACCAACCGCCUUUUGACAAAUUGUAUUUGUUUGGGUGGUGAAAUAGUUAAAGGUGCUUCCUCCAGCCUGUGUGACAAAAAUGUUAUUUUUCCUCUCAGAUUAAGAGCGAUUGAGGCAAUCUGUAUGGAUUAAGGCCAUGUACUGUAUGUACUUACAAAUGUUGGUGCGCAUGUUUUAUAUUAUGUCCUCCAACCUUGGUUAUCGAGGCUAAAAGGACCUGAUGCAUAUUUUCUUUUUUUUUACUUGUUAUACGUUUUUAACAGUCUUAUGAAAUAUUGAGUUUAGAAUCCAGGGCUUCAAAUAACAUGAUGUUGAUGAAAACAUCUGUUACCAUUACAGUAAAAGUCAAGUGAUAAAUAAAAGUACUGUAAUAGUAAUACUCUAAUCCAAACUGUUAACUUUAAACAAAAUGAGUACUUGACUGUCUCACCCCGGAGGGUCUAUUCCUGUUUUGCCAAGGCUUUACUGUGUUCCCAGGCAAGGGCAAAAAGCCACGUCAAAGCCCCACGCACGAACUGGGGUAGAUUCAUAAUCCCAUGUGAUAUUUGUAUAGGAUUUCAUGUCUGUGGGAAGGGGAUCAAUGUGUUGUAAUGCUGUCAGAGGGUACAGGGGCCUCUGUUGUAUGCUUUGCUCUGGAUAAUCAUCUCCAAGGUGAUUAAAGUAGUGUAGAAGGGACACGUUCUCAGAGCCUUGUAGUAAGGGCUAAGCUGUGAGGAAAAGCACAGUCCAUGUAGACUCCACAGAGGAAAAAAUAGACGGCAUUACCAACAGCCAGUAACGGUUAAAUGUGCUGAAGCUGAAAGUGCUUGCAGAGUUUUGCAGCAUGAACUUGCAGAGCCAACAGUGAAGAGAAUCGUGCCAAUACAAACAACAGUAUGUUCUGUCAUUUAGGUUCUAAUUAUAUGUGUUACAAUUUACCUUGCUAGCAUUUUGAUAGCAUUGAAUUCAGAUUCUGUUAAGGUUUUGGAGAUAUUAGUUGAUCAGUGUGUGGAUCAGAUUUGGUUAGAUCAAAAUGUAGGUGAAAUAGUUUUUCUCUGGUUCCUCAGGUACACAAAGCUGCUGUCUUGCUGUUUUAAUUGCGGGUUAACCAUGUUUGGUGGUUAGAAAAGAUCUGCGUCAACAUGUAAACGCUGUCGCUGAACAGUCAUGUUGAAUCUGAUUAUGUCUCAUUUAUGACUAUCAUUACCCAAGUGUCAGUAUGUCCCCAUCAUGCAAACAUGCACAGCUAGUAUUGAUGUCAACUGUAAAAAUUUGACUUUUUUUUACUUAUUUAGUGAAAUAGGGACAUCCUGUAGUUUCAAGAGGCCUUUAACAUUCAAAUACAAGGAUGAAAUAAUAGUCUUGAAUUCCCUUGUUUGCUUUUUGUAGGGUCAUUGUUUGUGUAGAAUAGGGGGGAGUAGAAAAUGUUAAAAGCAGAGCCUGGCUUGCAUUAGUUCAUUUUGUAUAAUUUCACACAAACAUUAAUCCUGUUUUCAGUGUUUAUUUAGAUUGUUUGCUAGUUGUGUCUAUAUUGUACAAUUAUGAGGAUAUUUGCACAUAUUUGUUUCAUACAUAUUUAAAGGUUUCUUUACUGGCCUACCAGGUGAACCCAUGAUAUGAAGCCAACAUCCUAUAAAAGGGGUCUGUAUCCAGUAUAUGGGACGUCAAUACUCUGGCUCAUAAUAUCUGACUUUUAAUCAUAUGAAGGGUUUCAUUCCAAAAUAAGAUAUACAUCAAAAAGAAAAAUGCAAAUGUGAAAAAUAAACUUUUUUUGUAAAGGUUAUCCAAGAUAGUUUAAGUGCUGAAUUGAAGAAAAUUCUGUGCGUUUCUGGAAUAUACUAUCAAUGGCAUUAGCAGUAUGUGUUGUUUUGGAAUACGGCUCUUCAUAUUUUGUUUUGGUGGUUUGUGAAUGGGCACUUUCCUGGCCUGUGUCUGAGCUCCUUAGUUCAUCUGUGGCGUUAGCAAGGUGGUUUAGAUGAUUUUUUUUUUUUUUUUUGGCCCCCUAAGUCAUGGUGGGUCCACAUUGGCAUUCCUUAGCAGCUCAGGCCCUCAGCACAAGCCUAGUCGAUCCCCCCGACGGAGUGGCUGAGUUUUAAUUAUUCCCUACAGGAGAUCUGGGGACCCUAAGCCAACAACAGUCCCAAGCCGCUCCAAUCAGGAAUUGGUAUUAAAGAAGCUUUGGAGGAGUGCUUUGCAUUCUCCCUGGGGUGGGAUGUGCAGGCGUAUGUUGUAUAUUAAGGCAAAUAUUUACUCACCUUUUGUGCAAAAGUCUGGACCAAGCUGCUCAGCAGUAUGGAAGAGGCAGGUUUCAUUCUACCUCAUCACAGCUUCCAGGAAUAUGGGAGACUGAACGGGCAUCAGAGUCACGUCAGUUCAAAGCUGGACAUGCAUCUCGCAGUAUGAGGGUUGGACGUCCUCACAGAUGCCUGUAAACUUUGUAUGCAAUGCACUAUUUGAACAAUUAGUCUAGACUAUAAUCCACUUCUAGUUAAAUCACUAUAGAGUAGCACUAGGCACAUGCAAAAAUUGUUGAGAGGACUUAAGUUUGAGAAAUAUGUUUGAGAGUUUGAUAAAUGCUUCUUUACCCUUUAUGUUGUAUUAGCAAUGCUAAAACUGUAUUUGAAAUGCGUAUGAUCUGAUUUGCUUGUUUACCUUUAAAAAUUAAAAGACUGAUAUAGCUGUCUG